UGUGUGUGUGUGUGUUUGUGUGUCAGACGGUAUUCCUGCUCGUCUCGCUCCACCAGUUAAGUUAAAUCAGAGGCAGUCACUGGUACACUGCGGUGGUCUCUCUCACUCUCUGACUGUCCCGCUCUGAAAGCAUCAACAGCCUCCUGGUUCAGCACCACGGGACUUGCUGAGGCCCUCACCCAAGGCCUGUAUCAGUCACCACAGACGCACCCUGCUGACAGGGCCCCCUGUUUAAAAGUCCCAGGAUUUGGUACUAAAAAGGGAAAAUGCAGAAUAUAACGGCAGGAGCGACAGAAGGGAUAGCUCUGACAUGCGGCAUGUCUGGAAGCCAUGAAUUCAUCUUCACCCUGGUACCAAUCGUUUAUGGCUGUAACUUUGUCAUCGGCAUUGUUGGAAAUAGUAUGGUGGUGGCUGUCAUCUACUGCUACAUGAAGCUCAAGACGGUGGCCAACAUUUUUGUCCUCAAUCUUGCUGUAUCUGACCUCACCUUCCUCAUCACUCUGCCCAUGUGGGCGACCUUCACUGCUACAGGCUAUCACUGGCCCUUUGGAGGAUUCUUGUGCAAGGCCAGUGCAGGGCUGGUGAUUUUUAACCUCUACACCAGCAUCUUCUUUCUCACAGCACUCAGCAUUGACCGGUACCUCGCCAUUGUGCACCCAGUGCGAUCACGCAGGUUCCGCACCGUGGCGUACGCACGUAUCACCUGUGUAGUGAUCUGGCUUUUUGCCUUUGUGCUUAGUGUGCCUACAGCACUGACCAGGGAUGUCCACAACAUCACAAACUCUAACACUACAGUGUGUGGCAUUCUGCACCCGAACAUUGAAAAUGCCAUGAGGUUGAAAGAGCUCCUGCUGGUCAUCAGCCUGAUGAAAAGCUUGCUGGGCUUCUUGGUGCCCUUCAUCAUUAUCAUCACCUGUUACUGCCUCAUCGGACGGGCGCUGCUGGGGGCGAGACACAUCCAGAAAAGCUCCCGUUCCCGGGAUGACGAGGUACUACGUAUGCUUGCAGCAGCUGUCCUGGCCUUCUUCCUGUGCUGGGUGCCCCAUCAGGUUUUCCACUUUAUGCAGGUGCUCACCCAGAUGAUACUGGUGGAGAACUGUGCCAUCCUGGAAAUCAUUGACACCGCCAUGCCCUUCACCAUCUGCAUCGCCUACUUCAACAGCUGUGUUAACCCUAUUGUGUACGGUUUUGUGGGGCACAACUUUCGCAAAAACUUAUUACGGCUGUUGCGCUGCUCGCCACGUGGAACUACUGGGCCUCACCCGAGCAUCAGCUCCAAGAUGAGCACCCUGUCCUUCCGUGCCUCAGAGGCACUGAGUCUGACAUCCAAAAGUAAGGGCUCUUCUGACGUUAAGUAAAAAAAAAAAAGGGUAUAAAUUCACUCCCCCUCCUCUUUUGGCCUGUGGUAAAGAGUCCAGGGAUGGAGACAUUCCAUGCUUUUAAAACCCCCAACUGUAUUACUAAGCACUGAACCAUGGAAAAUGGCUGUAAAGUUGUAUUCAUGUCCCUCUGUGAGUAAGUCAAAGAGAUAUUCACUACCUUACACAAUCUGCAGAAGAAUUAUUUGUAAACCAUCACACCACAGUCAUGCCUGUCACAUUCAUGCUGGCAAAAGUUUCUGUCAGUGUCUCAAAGUAAAAAAACAAAACAAAAGAGGAAUUAACUAUGUUAAUGGAGUGUUUCCCCGCUAGAGAAGGCUAUACAUGCUUACAGAUCACUUUUUCCAUUAUUUAUACAAGAUAUGCAUGUACUGCAGAGGUUUGUCACCAUUAUACCAUUAUUGUCCAGUAAUAACCGUUCUAUGGGCUCAGCAGGUCUUUCACCAGGUGGAACAUUUAUCAAGUGCUCAGCAAAGAUGCCAAAGCUGAAAAAAAAUAAAAAAAAUAAAAAAUCAUAAACCCCUCAUGCAUGCCCUGCCUGAAGCUGAAUACAUGGAAAAAUUGGAAAUGUGUAGCAAAAAUAUGAUGUAAAUUUGUCAGUUAUUAACAUAUCACUAGGACAACUAGUGCCUAUAUGUUACAUAGUAUUGUCAAAUUAUGUGUUCCAUGUGAAAAUGUAUAAGAAGUGUUUUCAUAUUAAGACUGUAAUGCUGAGAUGUUUCCAAAUCUGGGAGUAACACAUUGUAUAAAUAAGAGUGCUACACAAACACUCCCGGUUGGGUGAUCAUUGUCAAUAUCUAUGGUGGUUGUAUUUGUGGUAUUUAAACAUGUUGAUAGAUUUUUUUUUUCUACUCUCUAAGUGUACAGUUUGCGAAUAUCUGAAAACAUGAAUAAAAUGAA